UGUGGACUCGUGUCUAUCCUGGCUGUGGCCUCAACACUGGAUGAAGACUGGAAGAACUGGAAAUCACAGCAUGAGAAACAGUACACUGAGGAUGAAGAGGCCGACAGGAGAAUGGUCUGGGAGAACAAUAUGAGAUACAUCGAACAACAUAACCUGGAGUACUCGAUGGGGAAACACACAUUUACUGUGGGAAUGAACCAGUUUGGAGAUCUGACCAAUGAAGAGUUUAAUGAACUCGUGAGUGGAAUGGUCCAAAUUGAUGCUGAUAACCUGACUGCACCGGAAGUUGAUGAAAGAGAUGAAAUUAAUGAAGGUGAAGCUGUUGACUGGCGUAAAAAAGGUUUAGUUACUCCAGUAAAAAACCAGCAACAAUGUCGUGCUUCCUGGGCUUUCAGUGCACUUGGUGCUGUUGAAGGACAGUGGGCAAAGACGUAUGGAAGACUGGUUUCUCUGAGUGAACAGAGCCUGAUUGAUUGUGACAAAGGAAAUGGUGGAUGUCGUGGUGGAUUGCUAGCGAGAGCCUUUCGAUAUCUGAUUAGAAGAAGAGGCAUCAACUCUGCUGAGGCCUACCCUUACACAGGACAGGUUGGAUUCUGCAGACAUCACAGAACUAAAAUUGUUGCCAGAAUCAUUAACUGUAAACGUAUAAGAGAAGGCGAAAUUAAUUUGGCAAAAGCAGUGAGAGACGUAGGACCAAUCUCUGUUGUGAUUUAUUCAGGCCUAAAGACCUUCCAGUUUUAUGAACAAG